AUGUACCACGAUGCGAACUCACGGGUCACCCACCGCCCGAGUCCUUCGUGUACGCCGCCGCGACACUCGGUCGACCGACCGCGCCCAUCCGAUCGCCCGAGUGUUUUCGGUACCAAGUUCCGGAACUCUAUUUCGAUCAUGUCUUUUGUAGCGACAGCUUCGUCUCGUAUGGUGGUCAAGGCCCGACCAGCGGUACAACAACGUCGUACUUUCUUGAACUGGAUGGUGAAUUACCCCGAUAAGAUUAACGAAAUGAAAAAGGCGCAUCAGGCGGGAGGCCGUGCCGUGUAUACGUGGCAAAAGCAACCGCAAGACAAGGUGGCCAACCUGAUUGGGAUCGGUCUCGUGACGAUUGGUAUGAUCCAGCUCGUUCCGGCGUUCUACCGAUUGUCCACCGGCAAGGGCAAGAUGGAAUAGAGUUGCAGCAAUGUUCUUUAAUUUAUACUUUGACCCAAGAUGGAGAAACUGGAGGAAGUGGUCAUGGUGGUGGUUGUCUUGGCGCUGAUUGGUUGCCGCUUUGGUCGUCCACACGAACGGUAGUGCGAAAGUCCUUGAUUAGUUUCUUCGGUAAUACUAAAGAGAGAUAGUACCUGUACCUAGCUAAUUCGGAAAGUGUCUA